UAAAAGCAGUUGCAGUAACAUGAAGACUGCAGCAUCCUAUUGAUUAAGCAAAUGGACAGUAUUUUGGCGCAAAGGUAAACCGAUAUAAAGUGCUAUCUAGCUAAAUUAGCACAACAGUAGUCACGGGUGAACAAACGUUCGAACACCGUCUAGUUUUAGAUAAGGUCCUGCGCUUAUAGUCAAUAACCCGACACAAAACGACCCAGAAACAGCAGCUGUACUCAGCAAAUCACGAUUUUAAACGCGACUGCAAAAUAAAGACUGAUCCCAAAUCAGCCUAAACGGCACCGGAUGUCGGCAAAGUAAAGAGACAAGUGCCGUUUUCGUGAGUGACUUGUUCCAGGAAGUGCUCUCCGCCGAGUAGAGCAUUUCUGAAGGGCUGCCAUUUUACCGAGUUUACGGUGCCCGGGUGAAUGAUGGGGAGCAAAGUGGUCCAGCUUACCUCAGGCUCGCAUCAUGAGCACAUUCUGGCUUCUCUGCAUGACCUGAGGCUGCAAGGUCAGCUGAGUGACGUCACCGUGCAGGUGGACAAUGAGGGAGAUGUGGAGGAGUUUCAUGCCCACCAGGUGAUGCUUGCUGCAUCCAGUGGCUACUUCAAGAAAAUUCUGCUGUCUCCGGAUGCAUCUCAUGAUAAACUGUCUCUCUCAAAUAUGCACUCGGAGGAUUUCUCUGCGUUUCUGGAAUUUGUGUACACUGGUAAAGUUGAAGUUGCCAGAGACAGGAUAGGUAAUGUUCAAGCAGCGGCAGAGUUUUUGGACUGUGAUGAUCUGCUGAAGGUUUGCAGCGAAGCAAUAAGCGCAGAAAUGAUACAAAAGCCCACAAAAAAAAGCUCAAAAGUUGUGGCUCCAGAUGAUGUGCAUGGUGCUCAAAAAGAAGAAAAGGCAAACAAGAAGAGGCAUUGUAGAAGCUUGCUGGUUAAGCGGCAGCUGUCUCCACAUAGGUCGGUGACAGAAGUCACUUCAAAAAGAUUCAAGGCAAAGAAAACAGUGAAGGAUGGAAAAAGGCGGGGAAGAAAGCUACAGGUGAAACUGUCUGGCAGUAAGGUGCUACAGAGAAGCGUUUGUACUAAAAUAGUGCCUUUAAACAUCAAAAAUCAAACUAUUGAUAAAGAUGGAGAGGAGGAUGAGAGCAGGACUGAAGAUAAGGCUGAGCCAGAGAAAGAAAAAGCCAAAGAAGACGACUGUUCACUGGGAGACCCUGCCUCUGAUGGGGAUGACUGGGAAUGUGAGGACGAUGUGCAGAGUAAGGAUUCUGGAGACCCGUUGUUUUUACCGCCCGGAGAGGAGCAGGAGCAGGAGGAGGAUGAGGAGGAACAAUCCAAGCAGACUUUAAAACAAUCAUCCAAGGCCCAGUUCCAGUGCAACAAGUGCCAGCGGACUUUCCACUAUGAGAAGAGCUACUUAAAGCAUAUCAGUACGUACCAUGGUGUGAAAGCAGAUGUGGUUUAUCGCUGUGAGACCUGCUCGCAGACCUUUGCAAACCGCAGCAAUCUGAAGAUCCAUGAAAAGCACGUUCACAGUAACGAAAGGCUCUUUGUCUGCGAAUCCUGCAACAAGACCUUUAAGCGAAAGAAGGAUGUCGUCCGCCAUCAAAGACAGGUGCAUGAACGCAAUCUGCGACACAUCUGUCCUGACUGCGGGAAAUCACUCAGCUCCAAAACUGCCCUGUUGUUGCACGAGAGGACACACACAGGCACAAAACCCUUUGAGUGUACUGACUGCGGGGCCAGAUUUACCCAGAAUUCUGCCCUCAAGAUGCACCGCAGGACUCACACAGGAGAGAAGCCAUUUGCAUGUGAUGAGUGUGAUGCACGGUUCACUCAGAAGCACAUGCUGGCCUACCAUAAGAGAUCGCACACAGGAGAGAAGCCAUUCAUGUGUGAAGCCUGUGGGAAAAACUUUGCAUCUAAAGAAUACCUGAGACACCACUCAAACAUCCACACAGGCUCCAGACCAUAUAAGUGUGAAAUUUGCGGUAGAGGCUUCGCUCAGAGGAAUUCUCUCCACCAGCAUUUAAAAAUACAUACAGGCGAGCGUCCGUACAGCUGUAAAGACUGUGACAAACAGUUCACUCAGCUCAACGCACUGCAGAGGCAUCAGCGUAUUCACACAGGAGAGAAGCCCUACAUGUGCGGCCUCUGCAAACGCACAUUUACAGACAAGUCCACCCUACGCAGGCACACUACGAUUCAUGACUCAGAUGCUCCUUGGAAGACCUACCUGGUGGUGCUGGAGGGAAACGUGGAGGAAAAGAAGCCCAGAUCUCCCACUAAGAUAAAGACAGAAAAAGCAGGACCAGGAGAGAAUAAGAGCACGCCCAGAAAAAGUGCUACUACUGCUGUUGGCGAUGCUCCUGAUGCUGCUCUUAAAACCCACACCGACUCCAUUGUUAUUCCAUCUGAGCCAGUCAGUGUUCCUGCUGAGUGGCUGACCAGUCACGGAGCAAUCGCUCUGGUCAGCCACAGCACUAUUGGCGGGAUCACCGUUAUCCACACCGAUGUCACACCAGGGACUCAGAUCCAGCCCAUUGUAGCCACUGACAAUACAAUGGGGACCAGUGUCAUUUCUUUAGAUGGGUCACCCAUCCCUGUUCCCUUCCCUUUACCAGUGUCCAUGGCUCACUCUGUCCCCUUGUCCUCUGAAGCGCCCUCUACUUCUUUGUCUGUACCCACUCUCUCAGUUCCUGUUUCUGAGGGGUUUUUAGCGUCAGUCUCACAGAUCCCAGGAGUUUCGACAUCAUCUGUGCUGGAAGCUGCAGCUUCGCAAACUAUUUUGGCUCCAGUUUCAGACUCUAAAGCCGCUUCAGAUACUGAACCUCUGAACCCCAACAUUCAGACUGUGGUUAUUGGUGAGAAUGAUUGUGGAAAAAAACAGCCAGUAUCCAAAGUGAAGAACAAGAAAGGUCUAAACUGAGACCUCAAAAUAAGAUGUGUGUAGGGGGUGAAUGUAAAUAGCUUAUUUUACUGGCUUUGGGGAGUUUCAGCUGUCUCAAAUCAAAUCAUGCUACCUUAUGUGUAUUCUUUGGGUUUUUCACGAUUAUAAUUAUCUGAGUUCUGGUGUUUCAGGAAUAGCGUUAGCACUUUUUAUUUGGCAUUUCAAUAUCACACUGUUACAGAGGUGAAGCUAAAGUUUAAUCUGACACAAAUCCCAGUGAAUACAAAUGAACUGAAGAUUGUAAUCAAUUACACAUGUUCAAAAACAUGGUUUAGAAUAUUUUACAACACUUUUGUAGUAAUUACAGAGAAACGCUCUGCAUAUAAAAUACUGCUGAGCUGUUCUGGACAUUUUCAGAAAUCCUUUGCAGCUGUGAAACAGCAGCAACGAACUUUUGAUCAUUUAAUUUAAUCUGUGAACAAAAUUGCUUAAAUCCUUCAAAAUCCUGGCACUUGUCUCUGUUUGAAAUUGUCCCUCAACCUCCUAGUACGCACAGCUAAGGCAUCAAUUUCAAAAAUAUGUCAGCUUCUUGUUAUCACAUUCACAAAAUUUUCAGAAAACUUAACCUCUGACCUUGAGGUCACUGAGAAUAAAACCAGUCUAAGAUUUUUAUUAGAUACACUUUUGGUGUUAUUUUGAAAAUCCUACGUUGCCUUGAUCUCGAGUUAUCGCAUUCACAAAGUUCGGUGUCCACUUGCCUGCCUGACGACAUCAGCCUUUUACAGCAGAGGGGUAAAAAACAAUUUAACAGAAAACCUUGGAUAAGAAAAACUACACUUUAAGCUUUUUUUUUAAAUAGAAAACAAAAUGCUAUCAUUUACAUGUGAAACUUUGUCAUGAUGACACACACACGACAGAUGAGGCCAGAGUACAAAUAAUAUUCAAGAUAAGCUAACCUGCUUGAGGUAACACCAAAGGCAACAACAGUAUGGGAUAUAAUGCCUUUAUUAAUUUCCAUUUGCACAAGCAUACUGAUCAAAUCCACAGCCCACUGUUAUCCCACCUGGGAGAAGUUGGGUACACGGGGCAACUGACCCUUUAGUAAAAACUUUGGUCUGGCUAACACUAGUGAAAGUACACAACACUGAACUAUACACAAUGACAUGCUUAGCGACUGGCCAUUUGCAAGGUUUACAGUGCAGUAGUAAACCUUCAAUGAUACGUUUACAGCACAUUAUGAGUGACUAAUGAUGCUCAUCAGCACAGGAUUACAGCCCUGGGUAUAAGAAGUAAGGAGAUCUGUGUCUUUUCAUUCAACAGUACAAACUCUAAAUCGCAGCUUCAAACAUUCAAAGUAUCAUUAAGUUGACAAAUCCUAACGUAAUCAUAAACAGCAGUAAUAAAAUUACCUAUAAAU